GUUACCAGAAACCGCCGAAGUAUCACCCGCUGCCGUCAGGCUGUGGGACUUCACCAUACGAGGUUCAUGUACACAGCUAUAAUACAAGUUCACAAGCCAGCCACGGGUUGGAUCUCGUCCUCACACGCUCAAAGUUUCCAGUUGGAGUUUGGAGUGAAUCCAUUUUGGUCACUGUAGGUGGAUUUCGGAUUUAAUGUCAGCAUCCCGCCACCAGGAGUGUCGUUGCUUUAGUGUUGGAACUGUGAUGUUGCAUCUUUGUUGGAAAUGAUACCUGUGCUGUUACGUCUUCUAAUAUAAAAACGGUUGAAAAAUGUCUUGUGGAACUUGGUUUGGUUGUUGGUUUGGUGGUGGACUGUUCUCGACAUACCUGGGAUGUACUAUAGCAAUUGUUCUUUUCCACCAACACAUCCUAGCCGUGUAUGGUUUAUCUGGCACGAGUACUGAUCCGCUGGCUUCACAAGAAGCGAAGGACACGUGCCCGGUUGACUUUCAUUAUUGCAACUGGUACUGCCCGGGUCUACCGGAGCGAUGCACGGGGGACAGACUGCUGCCUGGCCCGUGCGGAUGCUGCACGGUGUGCAUGAGGCAGGCGGGCGAGAGGUGCUCCUUGCCCCGUGAGGCUUGUGAUGCGGUCUUUCAACUGACAUGCGUGGAUGGAAGAUGUAAAGGUCCAAUGAAUGUGAGUAUUCGGAGUGCCUCACCAACAUCCAUCAACCUAAGCUGGGAUCCAUUCUUACCGGCUGGGAGUAGCAAUGGACAGUACAUAGUGUACUACACGGAUGCGUUCACUGAGACUAUAUCAGGAUGGAGAAGUGUGAUUGAGACAGGAAACUCUACCUUUACGUCCAUUCGUGAUCUUCGAAAAGGAGUUGCCUAUUACUUCCGGGUCAGUUACCGACUACCUAGGCGGGGUAUUCUUCUUGAGGGACCGUUGUCUGAAGUCGCUCUACAUCAAACAGGAAUGCCAGCACCAACGGGAGGAUGUGAACACGAGUCCAGCCACUACGACGAAGGGGAGACCAUCCAGCAGACGUGUGAUACGGUGUGUGAUUGCCUUCUUGGCCGCUGGAUCUGCAGACCAAGGAGCUGCCCUCCAACUCCGGACGUGGUCCUGUACAAUCCGGUGAAUUGCAGAGAGGUUCCGCACCCUGAUGAUCCGGAAUGUUGCAACAUAUUUGAAUGUGACGAGAGUCCGUCUGAACCUUUAAAUCCAGUUGACUGUACCAUUGAUGGGGAAACUCGCCACCAUGGCGAGACCUACUACCAUGGUUGUGAAGAGGUCUGCUAUUGUGAUAAUGGGGACGAGUCCUGCACGCCACGGUGCCCUGAAGCUGGUGCCAUGCUCCCUGAUAUGUCGACUUGCCCGCAACCGCAGCUACAUAACCCUCCCGAUGGUGAAUGCUGCCCGUAUUGGACAUGUCCUGCCCCUCCUGGCUCCUGUGAGAUGAACGGUAACACUUACGAAAACCGUGAAUAUUUCGCCAUCGGUUGCAGCAUGCGGUGUCAUUGCCGAGCUGGCAGUAUUACAUGUCUACCAGGGUGUCCGUACGACUUCCGCGCACCUACGGAAGACUGUAGUGAACCUAAACGCGUCAAGAUACCAGGAGAGUGCUGUAUGCAGUGGGAGUGCCCAGAGACCUCUGUCUCGACUGACUGUGUGUACUUCGGAUCUUUGGGUAACAUCACGAUGGCAAACGGUGACUGGACAGACGAAGGAUGCGAUCAGAGGUGUUUAUGCGACCACGGUAGUCUGGUCUGUAUGCCUGUAUGUGUCCGGCCGGCUCCACCCUCCCCAACCCCACUCUGCCCGAGUCCGGUCAUCACAAAGCUCAGGAGUGAAGACUGUUGUGAGGUCAUAGCGUGCCACGAUCCCACAAGGCAGAGUCCCAACGUGGUUCGAGAUGUGUCUCUUUACGCAUUCAACGACACAUCAAUCACGGUUUCGUUUGCCCCUCCGGCAAAUGAAGAUCUGGUAUCUGGUUUAGAUGGAUAUGUCAUCCGCUACACCGACGGAUCGCAAGAAACAAAUCCCGAAAGCUGGAAGGUUUUCAGAAAAGACUUUCCUGCCGGUAUUCGUGUUCGGGGACACAUCAUCAUUGAGAUUACGGGCCUAUCCCGUCUCACUACGUACUACCUCCAGAUCAAGGUCAGCAUACCGGCCCGAAUGAUGCAGGCUUGGCACAACACGCUGCCUGCUACCGACACAAUCGUCGUGACCACGGCGGAGAACGCUCCGCAGCCCUGCACGUACAAAAGCAAAGUGUACCGGCACAACGAGCACUUCAACGACGGGUGCGAGUCUUCAUGCGAGUGCAAGGCAGGGCGGACUAUCUGCCGGGAGAGAUGCCCCGUCACAGAGUUACUGCCCUCCAGCGUCUGCCCCAAUCCACAGCGUGUUGUGAUCGAGGGUCAGUGCUGUCCACAGUGGAGAUGCCUGCCCAAAGAUGGGGACUGUUCAUACAGUGGCAAUAUAUACAAAGAUGGCAUGGAGUGGCGUCAGGGAUGCGAUCUUCGCUGUGGUUGUCAUUCCGGUGAGGUCAUAUGUCACAAUCUUUGUAGCAGCACGCCCCCAGCGCCGACCCCAGGGUGUCCAUACCCCGUACAGGUCAGUGUACCGGACACGUGUUGCAAGGAAUGGCUGUGUUAUGACACACCACAGCCCGUCCAUGUCCCCCUCCCCACCCUUUCUGUCCCUCUGUCCUCGUUCCGUAUUAACAUCACCGCUGAUGACGUCUCGGCUUACAAGGCUACGGUCACCUGGCCCCCACUGACUGACGUCCAACGACUUUACAUCUCUCAACUCAGGCUUCGGUAUAAAGAGCUUUCUUACGGCGUGAUGGAGUGGGAGAAAUCCGUGGAUUUUAGACCGUCUGUGAAACGUUAUACAAUUCUUGGGCUGAGACCAGCACGUAGUUACGUCGUGCAGUUAGUGGUGCUAGUUGGUGAUCCCAUUGUCUCUAUUCACUUGCCGACUAACAAAGUAGAAGUCGACACGCUAUGGAUACCAUCCUCAGAUGCCAAACCGUACCCAGGCCGACCUUUCGACAUUCGGGCCGACGCUAUCGACAGUAACUCUUUCAUAGUGCACUGGACGAUGCUACCCAUUGAAAUCGCAGAGCACAUCAUAGGCUGGCGCCUCAUGGUAACCAAUGCACAGGACAGUAAAGUGGUGAUCUCUGAUACAGUGGAGCCAUCGUCCCUUUCGUGUGUGGUUGGGAACCUGACCGAGGGGACCACAUACCACGUGCAGUUGUUAGGUCUAUGGGAUAACGGCACGCUGGCUAGAGAGGUUCGCUCACGUACACUUAAAGUAGAGACAGUUCGAGACUCAGAUUUAGGGGGAAACCCUUCCCCGACGUCAGGGGGCGGCAUCGCUGGAGCUAUCGUGGGUGUUUUUAUUUUAACAGCGCUAAUUGUUGUUGUGGUAUACAUACGAGUGCGCAAGUCGCGAUACUCCAAGAAAUAUGAUGUCUACAUGCAAAAUACCACAGUCAACUACGAACCAGGAGGGGGCUAUGAACAAGUCUUCUCCAGCAUCGCUUCCGGAUUAGAUGAGGAUAUCCAAGUGAAUGGACUGAGCAUACGCCGUGACAGCGAAGCGGGACUGCUGGACGCAGCAGACUGAAGGCCGUCCGUCCGUUCGCUCGCUUCGACGGCAGGAGUGAAGUGACACGGCGUGGUUGACACAACGGAGAUAAUUUAUUUUAAAAACAAAACAACCAAGGUUAAAUAUGCACUGUUGCAAUUUUGAGGUUUCUUUUUAACAAAAUGUAUAUCGUGUACAGUCUGGUGGGUUUUGUUUUGCUUUAUUGGAUGCGGGAACACCAUACCAUAGACAAAAGUCUAUGAAACAAUGAUGUAUAACAAAAAUAUGGUAUAUCUUAAAAUAGCCAGGAAACAAAAAAAUAACAAUACAUUGUUACUGGGGCUGGAAACUGACAUUGUUGACAUUAUGUCUAUUCGUUUUAUAUGUAAUUUACCAUUAGGAUGUCUAUAAUUUUGUGGUUUAUAACAGUUUUUGCUCAAAAACAAUUGUCUUAAAAUUUGGAUGUUUAAGGAAUUAUGUAAGCAAUUUCGUAACUCAAGACUUUCGAUGUAUCACGGAGCAGACAAUAGUUUAUUGCUCCAUCGAUGUACGCAUAUUUUGUGUCUUCUGGGUAAACAAAAAACCACCGGGUUUGACGGGAAGUAAAUUUAUGAACUAGAUAUACUUAUGAUAUAAUGCAAAUAAUGCAACAAAAACUGUGAUACUUUUUAUACGCAAGACGUAAGAGAUCGAUAUUAUAUAUACCUAAACGACAUUUCACCUGAAAACACAAUUUUUCUAAUAGUGGUGAUAGAAGUGUUUAUUUCUCGAGAUUUAAAAAAACCUUGAAAUGAGAAUAAUAAUUGUGUAAGAUUCAUGGCAAAGCACAAACUUUUCCCCGCUGUUUUCCGUGAGCAUGAGAUUUCCAAUAUUUAUUCAACAAUUUAUUUGAAACCAGAAUACGGAAAUGAAUGCACCCUUCCACUAAAAGAACAUCUAUCAUACUGGACUAUUACGAAAGGGUUCACUUAGGCAUUAGAAAGUAACAUCAAUUGAGAAUCACUUUUGAGUAAAAAAAAAUGUAGUUCAUUAAUGCCCAGUUCCCUUUGAAAUUUAUUUGGAGAAAAAAAAAACGUCAUUCAUGUGUACCGUCUGAAAGGACAUGGUCCAUUGCCGAACCUUUCUAGAAGUACGUUGAUGUCAUGGCAAGGAAAUCGUAAGGUUUGAAAGCAUCGGUGUAUGCACAUGCAUUUAGGCCUACAUUACAUUAUCUAAAAUUGCUGUGUGGACUACCAGAUACAUUGUAGCUUAAGAAUGUAUAUAUGUUGAGUGAGACACAGGUACCUUUGCAUCAGCCGCCGUCUUUGAUGAAACGUGCACGCUUGAAAGGCUACCAAAGAUAGCGGUCAAUGACGUCAUGUGCAAUCCAUCUUUGCUGUCUUUGUCCUUUGUGAUAUCAACAUGACCACUGUUGCAUGUGGGUCUAACAUCUGUUAUUUAAAGGGAAGUUAUACGGUAAUCACUCUUUAAAUAAGUAUAGUAGCAAUACAAACUUGAUGAUGGUGCGGUGUUAAUUUUAUAUACAAGAAAGGAAGGAUAUGAAAAUUAAAGGCCAUCAUUCAGUGGAAUGGAAGGAGACUCCCGAAAAGCAAUAAUACUCUUACAGUACCUUGUAAUGAACCCCUUGCAUUGGCCACCAUUGCUCUAAGGUAAAAAAAUGAAAACAUGAACGUGCACCACUCUAAGCCUAUAAGAGGUAAUCCUUUGACCCGAGUGAGGGCGUUGUUUGUGCGGUUACGUCAUAUCAAUGGGGUGUAGUGGCACACCGAGGUUGACGUCUCUAUGCAAAUGUAUUCCACAACUUUGUUGACAAAACAAAAUCCACACAAUCUCAACUAUUAUUAAAACUGAGUGGAUUAUUGUGGAACACUGUACAGUUUUAUGACGUACCCGUUUAGUGAGUAGCCACAUUCGUGUUCUACUGAGUUCCCGAGGUGCUAUCCGAAGUGAUGAUAUCUUGACAAUCCUCGGGAGAAGUCAUACUGAAAUACGAUGUCGUUUUUCUGAGAUAAUUAAGCUGGAUAGCAAUUCUAGAGCACCUAAGUUUUUACAGUCUUUCAUAACGGAUAUGUGUAGUUGUUUUCAUGUAACUGAAUAGACGAGAAUAUUUGAGAAAGGUUUUAGUGUAUGAAACUGGCCGUUUGAGGAAUUCUAUCGGAAUUUUAAAAAGGCCAAGCAUAUUAUUGCUCAUUGUGCACAAUACUUUUACAUAAUUUCUUACCUCUCACAAAUUGGCUAAUUACUGCGCAACCUAAUUUUCAUACCCUUUACAAAAGUGAGCAGUGCUCACCCAAGCAUGACAUUAUUUUCGGACUUGUUGGUGUCAUAUGAAAGUUGAGUCCAUAAGCUCUUCAGACAUAUAAACCUUUUCUCCCAGAAUGUUUAUUUAUUUAUUUGGCAGUCAUUUUAAAAGUGAAUAGUUUUGUUUGCGACACCCUGUAUAACAGAUAUUUAUACCGAUGGUUUACAAAGGCAACAUGUUUUUGUGAAGAAUUUUCCUCCUGAUGAAGCCAUAGUUCGAGAAAAGUGUGCCUGGAAGUUAAAAAAAAAAAAACUAACAACAACAACAGCAACAGCCGUUUUGAGUUUUCAUACCCAAAAUUAAGGGCAUUGUUUUUUGUGAACAUUUUGCAAAGUUUUAACAUUUUCCCUCUGACUCGCACAGCGGAAUAGCCUUUGGUUGAUCACACAAAACACAAACGCUGUCUGCAACAAUUUGAUCAGCUCUACCAAUAGUGUAUUAUUACCAUUUUAAAAGAGUUUAGAAUGAACAGUUGAAUUCCAAUCGCAACGAGGUAAUUUAGUUCAUUAAAAAUAAAUAUAUUAAAUAAUACAUAACAUAAUGCAGGUUGAAAUAGAUGAACACAAGAACACAUGUAUCUGACGUGUGUGCGGCACCUAAAUGUAGCCCGAGCCCUAACGGGCUACAUUUAGGUACAUGUUUGGGGCUACAUCAAGGUCAGGCUACAUUUAGGGCUCGGGCUACAUUUAGGUGCCGCACAGACGUGCAACCCCCAAAUGCUUUCAAUAAUAUAUAAAAAAUGUGAGUUGGAGAAAGUUUCUUAUAAAACUAGCCAAUCGAUGUACAAAAUCACGACUCGCUUUAGCUAUAAACAUUGUCAUGUCUGUAGUGUUCGUUCUUGUACAAUAUACUUAGAUUUAGUGUCAGUUGUGUUAAGUCAUAAAGAAUGCCCAAUUCUGAAAGUAAAUAGCUAUUGCAAUAAUAAAUCACUGGAGUGUGAACUUAAAUGAAA